CCUUAGAACGUGGAAUCCUUACUGCGUUCUGCCAGAGGGGCUCCCACCUGUCGUCUUGUCCCCGUGAGAACAAAGCGGAGGUUCUCUGUCCCCAACUGGGACAGAGAACAGUCCCUUGAAGAGAAGAAACUCAGACCUUCAAGGAUGGUAGCUCCCGAGGAGCAUGUGGAACGGACCUUCUAUUUGGCCUGCACAGCUGAUGUUAUUGACCCAUACGUCCCUCCUGAAGGCGAUGCCCGCUUGACAUCUCUAUCUAAAGAGGGGCUGAAGCAAAGGGCGGAAAGAUUCAAGCAGAGCGCUGUCUCCCAGUUAGCUCUGCGGAAAGUAAAAGAUCACGAUCCAGAUUUCAGCACUAAAACCUUCCCAGAGAAGGCACAAGAGAUAUUCACUGAAGCUCACAAUUGCCUGGCCAAUUUUAACAAGCAGAAACUUCACUCCUUGGUGACAGAGCGCUGCUACUCGGAAAUGGUCCGUGGGAACAGGUAUAAGACCAUCCGGUGGAGUUUUGUGGAGUCACUGGAGCCUCCAAGAGUGGUCCAUGUUCGAUGUGACAGCAUGGUGAAUCGAGGCAACCUGUAUGGCCAGGUGACAGUGCGAAUGCACACUCGACAGACUUUGGCGAUCUAUGACCGGUUUGGGCGGUUGAUGUAUGGUGGGGAGCAGGUGCCCAAGGACGUUUUGGAGUAUGUUGUAUUUGAGAGGCACUUGGUCAACCUAUAUGGCACGUGGAGGAUGCACGCCAAGAUCGUUCCAGAAUGGGCUCCGCCCAAGGACCCCAUUGUCAAGACGGUGAUGAUUCCUGGCCCAACCUUGAAUCCCUCACAAGAGUUUGAAGAAAUCAAAUAGGAAAUUCCAGAGCCUGUACAGACACAAUGGUGCAAACAACCCUAGAGGGAAGAAGUGGAGUAUAUUUGUGGGGGUAGCAUGUUGGACAUAUCUGUGCUUUUCUAGUGGGCAAAUCAACAAGCAAAGCGUCUUCAGGGAUGGACUCUAGCCACUAAGAAGUUGCCUUUACAGGAGUGAGAGGGGCUUGGAAGGGGGAUUCAAAUGAACUCCAAGAAAAGCUUUACUCUGUUCAAGUAGAUUCAGUGUGCUGCAUCUUAAACCUCUCUGUGUUUCUGUGAAAACCAGAAGUCUGUUCUCUUCAGGACUGCUAGGCAAACCUCUGUGCUGAAUUUGCAUCGUGAGAACCGUUGGCAGCAGAAGUGGAUCUAAAGAAGGGAUAUUUGGUGCUUUUGUGGGAAGUGCCGUAGACCUAAUGGGCUUUCACUAAAAUUGGCAACGGGGUUUUGGCGCUUGCUUUUCCCAUCCUUUUCCUCUAUCUGUACGCUAAUUCCUGGGCUUCUUUUUUUGACAGAAAACAGGGAAGAGCAGCAAGCACAUUUUGAAUCAAAUUCUCCUGAGUGCGUGCUGCAAUUAGACUGUUGCUGAGUGGGUGCUUGCUAAUGGCCAGCUUCCCGAAAGGGCUGUAGCACAGCACCGAUAAUUUAAUAAAAUUGUCGACUCCUAAGGUCUGUGAUUUUGUCGACUAACGUCUACUUGAAAGGCAGCAUUUCUCAUAGGUGAUGGGUUUUGGUGCAUUUGUUGCAGGUGCUCAUGAAUUCACUAAUGGGAUGUUGCUAGCGAGUGGGUGGCACCAUCCUGUGGACAUGAUGACAUUCACAUGAGGUUCCCUGGUUUCGCAGGCUGUAUGAGUCCAGAAAGCGCUUACCCAGAGGUUACCUUUUUUCCAUGGCUGGGGAUAAGCCAGUGCACUCUGCUAUUCUGUUCUUGCUCUCAUUUGCUCAGAUAAGCUCAGUUUACUUCUAUUUACAGAGCAAAUAUUCACUAGUUACCAAAUAACAGAGGAUUUCCUUUUUCAGUCUGGUCUUUCUUUUCAACUUAACUCUCACUAGCUCUGGAAAACAGUCAAGGGCAUUUUUUUCCUUUUCCUUGAAAGAGAUUUUUCCAGAUCAUGCAGUAAGACUUAUGGCUUCUUAUACUUGCAGAGUUGUUCAGUGUUUCUUGUGAAUGAUGUUCUUUUGAAAGGGCAAAAUAUCAUCUUUAUGCUCUGUUAAAAGAUGAGCCAGCAGUGGAAUCCCUUUCAUCUUUUUGGAAACCAGAGGGGUGUCAUAAUCUGUCUGCCUUUCCUGAAAGAACCUUCUAUAUUGAGCCUUCUGCCUACGCUUCAUUCACGUGCUGGAGCACUGAAUCUCUUUUCACUUCCAGCACAUGUGAACUGGGCUAGGAACUAAGAUUAACUACUGUUAGGUGCCUAGUUUGAAUCUGAUGCAACUAAGGCAUGCAUACAAGCAGGUAUGGAUGUGACUCUGGAGCCAAGAUCUAUAAAAUAUGAACAAGGUUCUUCAGCUCUGGCUCUUAAUGAAAAGGGCAUGUUUUCUGAUGGAGUGGCUGGGGUUUCUGGGAGAAUGGCCUUUCCUUCAAGUCUAGCAGCGCAUAGCUCCCCAUCUCCUUUGCCAAUAUUCAGAUUUCUGCAACUAAGCCACUUUUAUUCCUGGCAUUCCUUUACAGCCUUACAGCUUUGCGUUGUUCUGUUGUAACGCUUCCUUGGACAUAUUUGAUAUCUUAUCCACGCCCCAUAAAUCAGCCAGUAAGUGUGCACACUGUAGAUAAUACUCUUUAUUCUUUGUAUGUACGCUUUCUUACACAAGUGGAUGAUCUCGUCGUUUGACGUUCAACGCUGAAGAAAAUCACAGACGGCACGCUACACCAACACCACUUUCUAAGGACAGUGGAAGUAAACGACAAAGGGACAAGAGGACAAGCUCCGAGUCCCAGUCUCGUGCGGAGAUCAAGGAUAGAAGUGAAACAUUUGCUUCUGCUGUCUCUCUUUUUUUUUUUUGUUUAUGCCCAUGAAGCCUACUGCUCACCUGAUUGUUUUUAUAUGGUGAGGAAAACGUUCUGUAGCUCUCUUUGUCCUGAAGUCAAGGUGCUCUCUGCUUGUAGCGCUCCAUCUCCACCCAUGCAACACUGGUGAGCAGGAAAUAUGUUCGCCCCCUUUAGAAGAGCUGAGACAGGAGGAAGAGCACCCUGUGGGCAGAUGGGCUGAAGUAACUGCAUACCCAGAGCCUUGUCUGCUGCUCUGGGGAGCGUGGUGCUUCCCUGGUCUCAGCAUCUGCACUAUCUUAUGGGAAUCUGUUUGCAGAUGGUGAACAACGCAUGGACACACACACACACGCACACACACCAAGACGUAACCAGUAAUGACAAGGUGCUUUGAAAAGUUAGUGGCAUUGUUAGUUAAGACAUGCACCUUUACAGCUGAGUUACUGUAAGAAUUAGAAGUGUAGCAGUGCUAUGAAGUUAGUCAGAGAUGAGGUUAGUACUGGGAAUACCGAUCUCGGUCUUCAUGAAUGCGGAGGUUUCUAAAAGCAGAGCAGUGGAACGACCCACAUGUUAGUUUAUUCCCUCAGGAUGAACGAUAGGCAGAGACUGCUGGGAACAGAGAUGGUGGUGGGAACAGAAACUGCUGGGAGCUUCGCAGCGUUCAAGUGCUGAGCUAGCAUUGUUGGACCAAAGCAGAGCGAAAAGGUUUGAUCUGCACGCCUGAAAGUCCUGUGGCUGGCUCAGCAACUUCAGAGGGCACUUAAGAUUGAAUGCCUUUGAAGUGGGGAAGCAAAAACCUGUCGUGGGGCUGAUUGGGAAGAAGGGCUCUUUAUCCCAAGCUUCAGAACCUGACUGGUUCUGGUUGUGAUUACAGGAAUCUCCCUGCUUUAAAAUGCAGAUGCCAGCAGUGCUGGGGGAGAUCAGUUGAGCUGCAGGAAUGUGGAAAGCUGGUUUCCGCCCUUCCCAAUUGCAUUGUUGCUGCCCUGGUUUGACUCUCCCCUAGUUUCACUUGGCUUGUGAUGGAGAAUGUGAUGCCUGAGCCUCCGAGCCUCCGGCUUGCUGAGGCUGCCAGCUCCCAUCAGCUCUAAAUCGCCAGCCAAAACCGAUGGUCAUGCUGUUUCCAUAUUACCUAAUUGGUUGCCAGCAUGAUUUUUCACUGUGCGUCCUCUUCCCUCAGCUGCUAAAAUCAGUGGCUUUCUGGGGGAAAGAACUGAAAUGUUAUGGCAUGUUUUGGUCCCAUAAGGAGCCACUACCACAAGGCAGGCAAAACAGUAAUAAAUGGGAGCCAGACCUAGGUCCCUCCACGUUCAGGGUGGAGGAUGUAGGCACGGCCUUUAGCCAGGAGUGGGAGAUGAGGUCGGCAGCUUGGGAAACACGAGGAAUUUCUAUGCAACCAGAGCAGGGAACGCUAAGAAUGACUUUAGGUGGUGGCGUUUGGGCGUAAGGCUUCUGAACCUCAGUUAGCUGUGGCUGACUGUCCUGCUCGGGGCCCCGGCUGAAUUCGGAAUUGCACCUCCAGGAUAUCGGCUAGUAUAGCACAGCUAGAGACGUAACUGCUUGGGACUGCAUGUUUAAGGGUGGCGGGCAAGCCAUGCUUCCUUGUGCCAGAGGCACCAACCUCCCCAGCCGAUCAGCUGCUUGUGGGUGAGUGUGUUUAGCCAGCCGGUGACAGCUUUGCUCCUGAUGCGUUGG